AUGGAUGAAAAAAGGGCUUGUAAUAUUUAUGCUGAGGAUUAUGCAGUUCGGCUUCAUAUGGUUGAUGUUGUGUUGGGUCUGGAAGAAGCAGAGAAGUUCUUUAAAAACAUCCCAGAGAACAUGAAGGAUUACACUGUCUACGCAACUCUCCUAAGCUCUUACACAAAAUCUGACAAACAUUUGGGUAAGGCCAAGGCAACGUUUGAGAAGAUGAGAGAGCUAGGUCUCCUCAUGAAACCUUCACCGUUCAACUCAAUGUUCUCUUUCCACAGUCAAAGAAAUAUGGUUGAGGAGUUUCUUCGUGAGAUGGAAGAGAACAACGUGGCUCCCGAUAGUCUCAUGGUGAACAAAGUCUUGAGAAUAUAUGCGGCUGAUUCUAACGUAGAAGCUAUGGAAACGUUUAUGAAAAAGUGGAGUGGAGAAGAAGGGAUCAAACUAGAAAGAGAGACCAUGGCUGCAGUGGCAAAGGCUUACUCUAAAGCAGGAUCAAUAGAACAAGCUAUAGAGAUGUAUGGUGGCCUGGAAGGGAGUAAAAAAGAAGUGUACCGUCUUUGGAACGAGUGUAAGAAAAAGGAGAAGGAGAAGUUGGAGGAUGGUUGGUUAAGUCUUGGGAACGAGUGCAUGACGAAUGAGAAGUUGGAGGAUUAUUGGUAUAAAACUGUUAUUGCUUCUUUGUUGAAGCUAGACGAUGUAGAAGGAGCUGAAAAGGUAUAUGGAGAGUGGAAACCGGUUGGACCGAACCUGGACUUGAGAAUACCUGGUUUGUUGAUUUCUCGGUUUUGUGCAGAAUCAAACAAAUUGAAAGUUGGUGAAUUGAUAAAUCUAUAAUCUAUACUAAAAGGAGAAUAAGGUGUAUGGUGAGAGUGU